UGGUGUCCAGCUCCGCACUGCGCUGCCCAGAGGCCCCGUCCUGACUGCCCACCAGCCCCGGGUCCCUGCAGCCGACACCCAGCAUGGACAUCGCUAUCCAGCACCCCUGGUUCAAGCGCACGCUGGGCCCCUUCUACCCCAGCCGGCUCUUCGACCAGUUUUUCGGGGAGGGCCUCUUCGAGUAUGACCUGCUGCCCUUCCUGUCCUCCACCAUCAGCCCCUACUACCGCCAGUCCCUCUUCCGCUCCGUGCUGGACUCCGGCGUCUCCGAGGUCCGAUCUGACCGGGACAAGUUCGUCAUCUUCCUGGACGUGAAGCACUUCUCUCCUGAGGACCUCACCGUGAAGGUGCAGGAGGACUUCGUGGAGAUCCAUGGCAAGCACAACGAGACGCAGGACGACCACGGCUACAUCUCCCGCGAGUUCCACCGCCGCUACCGUCUGCCUUCCAAUGUGGACCAGACGGCGCUCUCCUGCUCCCUGUCCGCGGACGGCAUGCUCACCUUCUCCGGCCCCAAGAUCCCGUCUGGCAUGGACGCCGGCCACAGCGAGCGAGCCAUCCCCGUGUCGCGGGAGGAGAAGCCCAGUUCUGCGCCCUCGUCCUAAGCUCGGCCUUGGCCUCGGCUGCCACCCACUGCUGCCCCCUUGACCCGUUGACCGGGGAGACCCCAGGAAGUGGGUCGUCUGUCUUCCUUUGUUUUCUUCUUUUUCAUUUCCUUUUCCUCUUCUCCGAGGGAACGAGGGUUUGUGAGAGUAGCCUGGAGAGCCUGGGGCCUUGGCCUGAGGUGCUUCGACCUCAGGGGGACCCGGAUCCCAACACAGGCCAGUUGGUGGAAGUGAUCGCCAUCCCAGCCUCUUUAGACCACAGCCCCGUCCUCCCGGGGGAUGCAGGCCGGUCUUGGCUCUACGGCGGGGUCAGAAGAAGAACAGCCCCUUGCUGAGCAUCUCUGGAUGAGCCCUGGGUCUCCAGGGCAGCCAGGUGCAUCCUGACCCUUGGCAGUGGGCGCCUGCA